AUGCCAGCUCCAUUCGAAAAAGGUUCCGCUAAGAAGGGUGCUACCCUAUUUAAGACCAGAUGCGCGCAAUGUCACACCGUUGAAGAAGGUGGCCCAAACAAGGUUGGUCCUAAUCUUCACGGUGUCUUUGGCCGUAAAUCUGGUCAAGCUGCCGGCUACUCUUACACCGACGCCAACAUCAAGAAGGACGUCGAGUGGGGCGAACAAACCAUGUCUGACUACUUGGAGAACCCAAAGAAAUACAUUCCUGGUACCAAGAUGGCUUUCGGUGGUUUGAAGAAACCUAAGGACAGAAACGACUUGAUCACCUACAUGGUCAAGGCUUGCAAAUAA